GAAGGAAGAGCGUCGGGCAGUGCCACUACAGAGAGCAUCGGUCCUGUGCAUCGGACCGGUUAGAGGUGCUUCCGACGGUCAAACUUCUGCAGCGGGUCUCCACGUCGGGACAGAUUCAAGAGGUGGCCUACAACCGCGCGCUCUGGUUGUGGCCCGUCUGCUGGUGAAAUGCGUUCUCGGCGGUAAAUGCUGUUGUGUUGUGGGGCGUGCAAGGUGGCUCAGAGGUUCCACAGAAGGGUUAGGACGGUGGAAGAAGCACCUAACCACGUCGGAUGGAUCUUAAUCCAGCACUCCAGAAGUUGCGGAUAUGGUUCAUCGACAUGAGUACCGAUGGGGACAGUUAUAGGGACGAUGAGAGACACAGCAUCGCGUCGUCGGCCAAGCAGCACACUAACUACAUCAAGUCCAGGAACGGGGUCUUGGCAAUCAUCGAAAUCGUGUUCAACCUAGCGGCAUUCAUUAGUGUGGAAGCUGUGGCGGAAUGCAGAGGAGACUUCGCAUGCGCUCCGCCGGCGUGCGUUAACACGUACCGUUUCUUCGCAUUCGUCAGCUUCACCUCUUUUCUCUUCACCGGCGCCAUCUUCAUAGCUAGGUUCCUGGGUGUCGCAAACAGGAUACCCAUCCGAGAAGCAUACCACAAAUUCACGGAGUGCUCCUACCUGGCGCUGACUGUGUUAUUCUACUUCAUCGGCAAUGUCUUCAUGAUUGCCCUGCAUGGAAACCGGAUUGGCUACCAAUGCGCUGCCGUAUUCGGCGUUGUAGCCAUGGCAACCUACAGCAUCCAACUCGCCAUGUACUUGGGUGAAAACAGAUUAUUGGACAUCAUCCCAUUCUGUAGGAGGCCAGGCCACAGCGCCGACAGCGGAGUAUCGUCGGGCCAAGUAAACUUCGGCAACAGCGAGAAGUCGUGGCAACUGCCACCAAGCAUAGUGGUGGAUUCUGUGGCCACGCCGGACUCCCCCGAGUGUCUGGGACCAGUCAUCUUGAAACAGAGAAAGGAUUCCAUAGACGAACCUGCACCUGUGCACAAGGAACAGCAGUCCAAUGGACACACGGCAGCGUCAGAAAAGUCCGACAGUUCGAGUAGCGAGGACAGCAGCGACGAAGAUUUCCACAGGGUAGAUCUGGAUGACCUCCAGGGACGAAUUCGGAAGCACAGUGAGGUGCCCACGUGAACAUGUGGAAGGCGUCUUAUUUGUUCGGACUUAAUGACUGUGAUAUACUGAACGCGUGUCUCUGCUCUCGCGAUUUAUCUGUACUUUUAUUGAAUAUAUAAGGAUGAUCUCA